AUGGACCGUGUCAGUAAUGUCAGAAACAUGUCUGUCAUUGCCCACGUCGAUCACGGUAAGUCCACCUUGACUGAUUCCUUAGUCCAAAGGGCAGGUAUUAUUUCCGCUGGUAAGGCCGGUGAAGCCAGAUUUAUGGAUACCAGAAAGGAUGAACAAGAAAGAGGUAUUACUAUUAAGUCCACUGCUAUUUCCCUUUUCUCAGAAAUGGGUGAAGACGAUGUCAAGGAAAUCAAGCAAAAGACCGAUGGUACUAAGUUCUUAAUCAACUUGAUUGACUCUCCAGGUCACGUUGAUUUCUCUUCUGAAGUUACUGCUGCUUUAAGAGUUACCGAUGGUGCUAUGGUUGUUGUUGAUACUAUUGAAGGUGUCUGUGUCCAAACUGAAACCGUUUUGAGACAAGCUCUUGGUGAAAGAAUUAAGCCAGUUUUAGUUAUCAACAAGGUUGAUAGAGCUAUGUUGGAAUUACAAAUCACCAAGGAAGACUUAUACCAAACUUUCUCCAGAACUAUUGAAUCCGUUAACGUUGUUAUUGCAACUUAUCACGAUAAAGUUUUAGGUGACUGUCAAGUUUACCCAGACAAGGGUACCGUUGCUUUCGGUUCUGGUUUACACGGUUGGGCUUUCACUGUCAGACAAUUUGCUACUAGAUACUCCAAGAAGUUCGGUGUUGACAGAGAGAAGAUGAUGCAAAGAUUAUGGGGUGACUCUUUCUUCAACCCAAAGACCAAGAAGUGGACCAACAAGGACAAGGAUGCUGAUGGUAAGCCAUUAGAAAGAGCCUUCAACAUGUUCGUCUUGGACCCAAUUUUCAGAUUGAUCAAUGCUAUCAUGAACUUCAAGAAGGAUGAAAUUAACACCUUAGUUGAAAAAUUAGAAAUCAACCUAAAGGCAGAAGAAAGAGAAUUAGAAGGUAAGGCUUUAAUGAAGGUCGUUAUGAGAAAAUUCUUGCCAGCUGCAGAUGCUAUGUUGGAAAUGAUUGUUAUCCACUUACCAUCCCCAGUUACUGCACAAGCUUACAGAGCUGACCAAUUAUACGAGGGUCCAUCUGAUGACGAACACUGUAUCGCAAUCAAGAACUGUGAUCCAAAGGCAGAAUUGAUGUUAUACGUCUCUAAGAUGGUCCCAACCUCUGAUAAGGGUAGAUUCUACGCUUUCGGUAGAGUUUUCGCAGGUACGGUUAAGUCUGGUAUGAAGGUCAGAAUUCAAGGUCCAAACUACCAAGUCGGUAAGAAGGAUGACUUAUUCGUCAAGGCUAUCCAAAGAACCGUUUUGAUGAUGGGUAGAGGUGUUGAACAAAUUGAUGACUGUCCAGCAGGUAACAUUAUUGGUUUAGUCGGUAUCGAUCAAUUCUUAUUAAAGUCUGGUACCUUAACCACUUCUGAAACCGCACACAACAUGAAGGUCAUGAAGUUCUCUGUUUCUCCAGUUGUCCAAGUCGCUGUUGAAGUCAAGAACGGUAACGAUUUACCAAAAUUAGUUGAAGGUUUAAAGAGAUUGUCCAAGUCCGAUCCAUGUGUUUUAACUUACAUGUCUCCAUCUGGUGAACAUAUUGUUGCUGCAACUGGUGAAUUACACUUGGAAAUUUGUUUAAACGAUUUACAACAAGAUCACGCUGGUGUUCCAUUGAAGAUUUCUCCACCAGUUGUUGCUUACAGAGAAACCGUCGAAUCCGAAUCCAGAAUUGUCGCAUUAUCUAAGUCUCCAAACAAGCAUAACAGAAUUUACUUGAAGGCUACCCCAAUGGAAGAAGAAGUCAACCUUGCUAUUGAAAACGGUAUCAUUGAUCCAAGAGCUGAUGUCAAGGUCAGAGCAAGAUUAAUGGCUGAUGAAUACGGUUGGGAUGUCUCCGAAGCUAGAAAGAUCUGGUGUUUCGGUCCAGAUGGUACUGGUGCUAACGUUGUUGUUGAUGAAACCAAGGCUGUCCAAUACUUAAACGAAAUUAAGGAUCACGUUAACUCUGGUUUCCAAUGGGCUGUUAAGGAAGGUCCAUUAUUAGGUGAACAAUUGAGAGGUAUCAGAUUCAACAUUAUGGAUGUUACUUUACACGCAGAUGCUAUCCAUAGAGGUGCAGGUCAAAUCAUGCCAACUAUGAGAAGAGUCACUUUUGCUUCUAUGUUGUUAGCUGAACCAAGAAUCCAAGAACCAAUCUUCUUGGUUGAAAUUCAAUGUCCAGAAUCCGCUAUUGGUGGUAUUUACUCUGUCUUGAACAGAAAGAGAGGUCAAGUUAUUUCUGAAGAACAAAGACCAGGUACCCCAUUAUUCACUGUUAAGGCUUACAUGCCUGUCAAUGAAUCUUUCGGUUUCACCGGUGAAUUAAGACAAGCCACUGGUGGUCAAGCUUUCCCAACUAUGAUCUUCGACCACUGGGAUACUAUGGGUGGUGAUCCAACUGAUGCUUCCACCAAGCCAGGUUCCAUCGUCCUUGAAGCAAGAAAGAAGAGAGGUAUGAAGGAAAAUGUUCCAGGUUACGAAGAAUUCUACGAUAAGUUGUAA